AUUGGCGGAACGCAGUCUCAACCCAGCCCUUCUGAGGGCCCGCUGGAGCCUUGCUAGGUGGGCCCAGGCUGCUGGCCCGAGCACCUUCUUUUCUCUGCUGGCACUCGGGGGCAGGCUGGCCAAAAUGACAGGCAAGUGAGACACUGGAUCUGAAGGAGCAACGAUGGCAGUGUUUCUAGAGGCCAAGAAUGCCCAUUCGGUCCUGAAACGGUUCCCUCGUGCCAAUGAAUUUCUGGAGGAGCUGCGCCAGGGUACCAUCGAGCGAGAGUGCAUGGAAGAGGUCUGCAGCUACGAGGAGGUCAAGGAGGUGUUUGAGGACAAAGAGAAAACGAUGGAGUUCUGGAAGGGGUACCCGAAUGCAGUCUACUCAGUUCGAGACCCUGCACAAAGCCCAGAUGCCAUGCUGUGGGCGGUGAGUCUCUCUCUAGCAGGAAUUUCUCUGACAAAGAUAUCCAAAUAGCACACCCCCUCCGGCUCGUUGCCUCAACAGUUGUUGCACUGUACUGAGACAUCUGACCCUUGAACAGCGCCUGCCCUUCUCCCGCCCCCAACCUAAGCAUUUACACAGAUAUUCAAGAUUGGAACAAAUCCCACAGCUGCUUUUGCCUCCCGAUCUGUCUCCCCUUCUGGAUGCCACUUUCCCAGGCUCGAACACACCUGCUAUUUCACUCUGUGAUUAUGAAUUUGUGACAGUGGAAACCCUGAUAUGUGCAACUGAGGUUAUCAACAUGAUUACUGUGAAAUGGAUUAAUUUUUGUACCACGUUAAACUGUGCUCAUAUUCACGCAUUGAUCCAUGUUAGCUGGGAAAUCUGUACAUUCAGUAGUAUGUCAGGAUUUCACUGAAGCCUGGGAGGAACAAACACUGCUUCUGAUUCUCUGUCUCUCUCACUCUCUCUCUCUCACUCUCUUUAUAAUUGUUGAGUUUAGUUGUUAAAUUUUGUCUCUUUCUGUACAAAAAGAUAAUAAUAAUAAAGAGCACAUGGCAUUCA